AUGAUUUUAAAUGCGAUAGCUACCUCAUUGGGGCUGCUCACAGCUUUGGUGGCGGCACAGGCUGAAUCAGACUUGCUUGUCAAGACGAAUCAUUUCACCAUUCAGGGAAUCGUCGAGCCGAAUACCACUAACGUUCGCACGUUUCGUCGCGUUCCAUAUGCAGAGGCUCCUGUUGAUCAACUCAGGUUCAUGCCACCAGUUACUAAAAAGCCAGAGGUGGCGAUCCUAGAUGGUACACAAUACGGAGCAUCAUGUAUUCAACUUAACAACGGCCAACCUACUGCGUACACAGAACAUCUACCUGGUUUCUUGCUAGCCCCCGGCGCGACUACUGCCGAAGACUGCCUAAGUCUUAUUCUAUGGGCCCCAAGGGCUGUGGCAAACCGAUCACUACCUGUGAUCAUUUACAUUCCCGGGGGUGGAUUCACUGGAGGCGGUGCCAACUCGCAGUAUAAGUACGGCGCCAAUAUCGUUCGGGACAACCAAGACGUCGUUGUGAUUUCCAUCAACUAUCGGGUGAAUAUCUUUGGCUAUCCUAAUGCUGCGAGUUUAAAUCAGCACAACCUCAAUCCCGGUCUGCUGGACCAACGGAAAGCCGUAGAAUGGGUAUACGAAAACAUUGCUGCCUUUGGAGGUGACCCGUCACGUAUAACAUUAUGGGGUCAAUCUGCGGGUGGCUCCUCGGUCGACAAGUACGCAUACGCAUGGUCCGAUGACCCGAUUGUUCAGGGCUUCAUAGCCGACUCUGGCGUUGCAACACUGAUAGGGAAGAGCGCAGCGGACACUAGCAACUUUACCUAUGUGGCUCAGCAGGUUGGUUGUAAUCAAACCGAUGCAGACGAGGCCUUCACCUGCGUGCAGAAAGCCAGUGCUCAGGACAUCAUUGCAGUGCUGAACAAGUACAAUGUCUCUACGAAUGGUGGACGAAGCUUGUCAUUCACCCCCGCCGGCGAUAACGAGACCAGUUUCGUUGAUUACAGUGGGCUGCAACGCGACGGGAAGUUCGCCAGAAUUCCAGACUCUCUAUGCGAUGACAUGUCCGGCCGGAAAGGCGGCACAGGCGAGAACGAAAUGGGACGUGCCAUCCUGGCGCUACCGUUAUUUUGGGGAAUUCCCUAA